AUGGCCUCGACGCAGCACGUCAACCUCUCGCCCGCCGAGCUGGCCUACCUCCACGCCUCGCUCUCGCUGACCCCGCCCCUGCGACCAGACGGGCGCUCCGCAACCCAGUUCCGCCCCCUCAGCGCCGAGACGGGCAUCCUCCCCGGCACCAAUGGCAGCGCCCGCAUCUGUUUCGCAGACGGCACCGAGGCCAUCGUCGGCGUCAAGGCCGAGAUUGGCAAGACAGAAACCCGCUACGGCGCCGGCAACACGCUGCAGGAGACGGACCUGAUCCACGCCGGCGGUGACGACGAUGACGAGACAGACGGCAACGGCGGUGGGGCAAGGGCCGGUGUCGAGGGCCAGAGCAGCUGGAUUGAGAUUUCCGUGGAGAUACCUGGCGCCAGGGACGACGACGCGAGCACAAUCUACUUGGCUGAGAUGCUGAGCGAGGCACUGCUGGCGGAUGGACAGUUCGCAAGGAGGCUGUAUCUUAACAGACGCUUCCACUGGAAGCUCUACCUUGAUAUCCUCCUGAUAUCGCCGCCCCUGUCUUAUCCUCUGCCCCUCCUCUCCCUAACAACCCACCUCGCGCUGCUGGCGACACGACUACCGCGCCUGAUCUCAGAAGGCGACGAGGACCCACUCUUCGACGAUGACUGGGAUGCGUCCAAGUACCUGUACCCCCACGACAAGGGAGCGCCUGGUGCACGGCCACCGGUGACUCUUCUCGUCAUGGCGGUAGGCGACAAUAUCAUCUUCGACCCAGCAAAGGAGGAGCUCGCCGUCGCCGACAGCGCGCUGGCGAUCUCGGUAGCAGAUGCAGCCACCCCCAGCGGCGCGGACGAGAUGGACGUUGACGGUCCCAGCAAGCGCAGUCUGCGGCUGUUGUCGAUACGCACAAUAGACCCCCCUUCACGACUGACGCCGCCCGGCGUCCCCAGGGCAAACGAUGCUGCCACGGAAGGCACAGACCGCACGGCGAAGCAGCGGCCCGAGCAGCAGGUCCAGGAGACGGAGCCGGUGGACGGGGUAUGGAAGGCGCCGAGGGGAGGGGCGAAAUGGGCAGUCCUGAGUGCCAUGGUCGCAAAGUCAUUAGAGCAGGGUGGCGCUGCGACCGAGGUUCUCGAUGGCCUCAAGGCCGUGGAGUUGGGAUGA